UAUCUCAUUUCUUGAUAGACCUCUUCCUGAAGUAGUCCAGAAAAAACUCUGUAUCGCCGUUUGAAUUAAGGCCUCACCAAACUUGAAUUAGACAAAAUGAUUCAAGUUUACAUUUAUUUCGUUAUAUUUUUCGUGCUGUGUUAUGAAUAUUCUGUUUUGGCCUAUCCACAAGGCGCUCCUGUCCGUACCGAAUCCUGUGUAAAUUUACAACCUGUCCACGUAGACCCACUGACAAAUCAACAAGUCCGGAACCAGCAGGGACAAACCAGACCAUACCGGAUUCUGGUCAGUCAACAGCAGUACCAAGCCUGUACGUCCACACAGCAAUGCGGUCUUCAACCUCUACAAGUAUCAAUUCAAGGACAGGGAGGACUAUUUCGAGGCUUUAUCAUCCAGGCUCGCACUCCAAACGGGGGGUCAAGGUCAUGGGGACAAUUUAUUCCUCUGCAAACGGGGGACUCCAAGGUCAUCCAAUGUCAGAAUGGGUUGACAUUGACCCACACUGCCAAUAACGACAAAAACAUAGUCCGUUUCGCUUGGAUUCCGGAACCAGGGAUGCGAGAGCAAGUGCAGUUCGUGGCAACAGUUGUUCAGAAUUUACGGACGAUAUACCCGGGCGUCUACUCCUCACAACUCCGCCCUGUUGGAGUUCCAAUUACAACAACGCCUGUGGCUCCGAUGACAUUUCGAACCCCCAGAACUCGGGAGCCGCAAACGACCACAGUACCGCGACCCACGACAACUAAACCGCCUUUGACUACUAACACGCCGGUGCAAACUACCAGCUCAGUAACACCUAUUCCUACUACUAAAUUUGCUUUCAAAACUACUACCUCUACUACUACUACUACUACGUACUUACCUGUGACGUCGACAACAAGACCAAUGACGUCAUCUACUAAGUCUACUACUACCAGCACCCAAUCUUCAGAAAGUAUAACCACAGCAGUUAUCAACAGUGCUCCAAUGAAAACGGCUGGAAUUGUCUCGCUUGUGACCUCUGUGAUCGCCAUUCUUUUGUAGAAGAACCGUACUGUCAGAAAAAAAGAAACAAGGGCAUAUUUACUGUGUUCAUAAACGAAUGUUUAAUGAAAAUGUCAUUUUGAGGCCUGCUGGAAGGUCUAUGAAGAAAGGCAUCGUCAUUACUAAUUGAUAUUUUGUUAUUUUGUGUUAAAAUUCAUUGCUGACUCACAGGCCUGGAAUCGGUAUGUUUACACGGCCUUUGUGAGAUACACGUAGUCUUAUCCUACACUUAUACGUGACGUGAGGCUCUGAAUCACGAGGACAACAGAUAUUGCUACAUGUAAAUGAUAAAAAAGAAUGGUUAUUGCCCGAAUCAUUAUAUAUUGCUGAAAACCUGUUCAUUACUAAACUGGAUUUUGAAUAAAUACAGUGUCAUACAAGUGUGA